GAGAUAAAAUUCCUCAACUCUCCUCGCCGAAAUCCCCGAAGACAGCAUGAUCAGCGUUCUAGCUCAGGAGCGAUUGCUUGGUGCUGCAUUGGGAAGCGCAUUGGCGGGGAUCGUCGUAAUCGAGCAGCGCAAACGCAUUUACGAUUCGAUUUCCGAUGAGAAAUCCAAACUCGCCGCUCAAUCUAAGGUGACAGAGGUCAUAUCCAGAAAGCAUUCACAUUCAAGCUCAGAAUUUGCUCUUCUAUGGAACAGAGCUGUGGACCAGAUAUUCGUGCCUGUGAUUGAAUCACUGAGUUCGCGUAGAUGGUAGGGAUGUUAAAUUUAGUUUCACAAUCAAAGAUUUGAUGUGUCUAUUCUUGACAUUCAAUACAUGCAAAACAGAAUGUCUCUGUCAAAUUCAAUAAAUGAAAGAAGGAACUAGCAUCUUGAUGCUGGGGGCGAUGUUCAAAUUGACUUUGCUGAAUAAUUAGCUCUUCUUUACCUCUUUCUUGGUUGUGGGUUUAUUGUUGGUGGAAUCUGCUUUCCCAACUCUUCUUUUCUACAACCAAAACACCUCAGACUAGAUCAAUGUCUUCUCUGUGAACGCAGGUUAAUCGAGCUAUGCAUGUCUCUUUACUAAGGUUUCUUCAGUAAAAUAGUCUUAAUGUUAAACUAUACUGUUGUUUUUCUAGACUAGGAUGCUUGAUAGUUGUUGGCUUCACUAUAUUUGUUAAUGAGUAUCUCUAAUUUUCUUUCAAUAAGUCUGAGGAUAUCCUUAAAUGAUUUCCCUUUUCUGUUGACUUUAAAAACUGUCUCCCAUUUUCCUCAAUGAUUAUGUUAAUAGCUUUACAUAUUUCUUUGAUUCUAGUGCAUUACUAAUGUAAUAGUGAAAUAACAUGCAAUUCUAUCA